AUGAACAAUUCCCAAGAUAGUGCAAGUGUUGAUCGUAUGCCACAUCUGAAGCAACUAGUUCUAAGCGGUGAUGACAGCGCAUCAACUUCUGAGCCAGAUGUGGUUAAUGCGAAUACACUCAGUGAUAUUCAAGUUCCGUUCCAUACUUUAUUAAGCUCUGCUUGUGAAAAAAAUAGUUUAAACAGCAUGCUUGCUAAUGGUGUACCCGAUACGCCAUUAGGACAAGCUGUAACAAAUUUGCAUGCAUCCUGGGUGCAACUAAUUAGUGAUUUGUCAGCACGAACAGGUUAUUUACCUCCAACGCUGGAGCAUAUCAAAGAAGUUGCUGAAUGUGCAGUCCGUCAGUUAAAAGAUUCUUGUCAUGACUUAACUCGUGAAUUUGCCCGAGUUGGUCUUGAAUGGCGUCUAACGCAUCCAGAUGAGGCUCUCGCUGAGGAUUUAGCAGAUUAUGAUCAAGCAAUGUUACGACAAGAAUCGUUGCUGGGUCGAGCUGCUGGGAUUGUUGAACGACGAUUGAACGAUUUAGCAGCUGAGAAAAGAGUUGAAGAUCGUGCCAAGAAGAAACAGACGAAAAUGUGGCACGAAGCCCGCCGGCAAGAAAAAUUGAUACGAUCACAAAUGAUUGAUAGCGUCAAACGGAAUGAAAGACGCAAACAGUUCUAUGAGAAUGUUAGGAAAGAUCCUGAGCAGUUCAUGCAAAUCCAUGGCCGCAAAUGCCAAAUACAUAUGGAUCCGGCAGUAGCACGUGCUGCCGAAGCAUCAAGCAUCCUGUGCGCGAGACGAUGGCAAGGUGAUCCGAAUGUACUGAUUGAUCGGUUCGACGUUCGGGCGCAUAUGGACUAUAUUCCUGACACGAAGUCUGGUGAUGUUGAUAAAAAAUCUGUGGUAGAUGUUGAAGAAUUGCAGUGUGAAUAUGAGAGGUAUCGAAUCCUUGUACUCAAUGAAUUUGAUAGAGUGUCAGAGAAAACUUUUUUGAAAGAAAUAGCUGCGAAAGAAUUUUGGCCGGAUGAAUCUACUUCAACAUCACUUGCACGUGCUGAACAAGAAAAGAAAAAAUUGCUGCGGGACAGAAAGGCUGCUGUGGCGUUUACUUAUGGUGAUACGCAAACAGUGCAAGGUAAAAGCGUGGAAACGGAUGAUUCUGAGGAAGAAGACGAAAUUGUUGAUUCUGAUGAAUUCGAUUUGAAAUUGGAUAUAGAUACAUUGGACGCUGAACAGCGGCGAAAUUUAAACAAAUUGGGCAUUCGUUAUGGCAUAAGUUCGGGUGCAUUCUCGAGUUUGUUAAAAAUGGAUCGUCGUGAGCAGGAUGAAACGCAUCAGCUGAAAGAAAUUGAAAAAGCCAAGCUAGCACUCGCUGGCCGACAAGCAAAAGCUGAAAGAGCUGUUUUAAAAAAGAAACGCGCAUUGAUUGUUGGUAAAGGUUGUUUAAACGAGGAAGCCACAACCACUUUACUAUCGUUCGUUACUAAAAGUCAGAAAGAACAUUUGGAAACGUCAUCAUCUUCAUCGACAGAGGAGGAUGAAGGAAAGACAGAAUUUAUAACAACCUUCGGUGGUGAUGGUACCGAAGAUAAGGAUGAGGAACGCGAUGAUGAUGACGAUGGCGGAGCAAAAAUGCAUGGUCCAGCUUUACCAUCUGCAGAAUUCAGGCGUAUUUUUGAAUUGAAAACACGUCGUUCGUCGAGUCCGGAGGAUUUCGGAAAUGUUUCAAGAACUCGCGUGCGUAGUAGAUCUCCUGACCGAAAGCGAUUUUUACGUUCCAGUCGUGAACGUAUUUUAAGGUCAAGAAGCCGAGAGAGAUUACGUCGUUCUAGAAGUCGGGAGCGGUAUGACCGAUCGAGAAGUUCAAGUAAUGGAAAGAGACGAAGAUGUAGCAAAAGCGGAGAUAGACUGCGAAGCCAUAGCCGUGAAGAUGAUCGGCCUUCCGAGCAUGGUCGUUCAAGAAGCAGAGAUAGAAAGCGUGAAGAUGUCAAAAUAAAACAAAGUCGUAGGAAGAGCAGUGGUAGCAGUGAAAGUGGUUGUAGUCGUUCACAUAGUCAUUACAGUCGUAAACGACGUGCUGGUGAAGGGAAUUUACAGAAAUCAGCUUUUCCUGUUUUUUCCAGUUCUAAGAGAUUCAAUGAUAAGAAACGUCAGAAGCGUCGAAGAAAAUAUUCGUUUUCAAGCGAUACUAGCCGUACACCACCACCACUAUCACCACAAGAGAGAAAGGUAAACGCAGUAACCAGAUUGAGAAUAGAUCGGAGAUGUCAAGAUAAUAAGACUGAUAGCUUCGAGCCAAUUCGACUUUGUUCGUCAACAUCAGGACAUGGCACAGGUUCAGUUCUUUCACCAAGUCGGAGUAAUGGAGACACUUCACCUCUAGAAAUUCGUUCAAGUAUGAGCGAGUCAGAAAAGGAACGUAUUGAAGUUGAAAAUCGGCGUCGACGAAUACGUCGAACGGCAAAAAUGCAUCGGCAGCAGUACGGUAAUAAUCAUCAUGGUCGAUCAUCAGAAGAUGAGGCUGAACGUAAAGCUGCUCUUGCCCAUAAACUUCGUACGCAAAUGCAACGGGUUUUACGUAAAACGGCGGAACAACUAAAGGAAGAAGAAAGGCAAAAACAUGAGGAACAUGAAAAAGAAAGAAGAUUACGUGAAGAAAGAUUAUUUGAAGAAUCACUGGAAAUCAGGAGACGGGAACGUGAAAAACGUCGACGUGAACGUCGUGGUCGUAGUAGAAGCAGUUCUGCGUCGUCAAACUAG